GGAAGAUCACUCGGACUGCGGACUGAUCGUAUUCGAACGAACAUCUUAGGCUCUGAAUACCACGAGCAAAUAUAUCGAACCGGCAGCACCAUGCUUGCCCUGGAGCAGCGUGCUCGGAGCUUCUUUCUCCAGUGUCGAGCCUCCGCCGCACGGUGCAAGUACCAAUCCUCCUUCGCCAUCAAUCGAUCGUUCCCACGACGCGCUUUCGCAACGGUCGAGCCUCUGCUCGACGACACCGACAAGAAGAAGAAGCCUUACUAUGUGACUUCGCCCAUCUUCUACGUCAACUCAGCUCCUCACGUCGGUCACUUGUACACGCUUGUCCUCACGGACGUACUGAAACGAUGGGCGAAACUCUGCGGCGACGAAAGGGCCACGCUCCUGACGGGCACCGACGAGCAUGGCAUGAAGAUACAAAAGGCGGCGCAGCGGGCGAACACUGACGUGAAGCUCUUCUGCGACCGUCACGCGGAGCAGUUCAAGGCGCUCUGCGACGCCGCCAACAUCAGCUACGACCGGUUCAUCCGGACCACCGACGCCGACCACAAGGGGGUGGUGGAGCACGUCUGGAGCGAGCUCAACCACGGAGGCUACAUCUACGAGGCGAGCCACGAGGGGUGGUACUGCGUGAGCGACGAGACCUUCUACCCCGAAACGCAGGUCCAGAGGAUCCUCGACCCUUCGACCGGCGACACCAAGAUCGUCUCGAUGGAGACGGGGAAGGAGGUGGAAUGGACCUCGGAGACCAACUACCAUUUCAGGUUGUCCGCCUUUCGGGAUGCCCUGCUCGAACACUACGCGAAGAACCCGACCACCAUCGUCCCCAAACAACGCAUGGCGUUGGUGAUGAAGGAGAUUGAGAGUGGGCUCAGCGACCUCUCCGUAUCGAGACCCUCGUCUCGCCUGUCGUGGGGGAUUCCGGUGCCCGGCGACGACAGCCAGACGAUAUACGUGUGGCUGGAUGCGCUGUUGAACUACCUGACAAUGACCGGCUACCCGUUUGGUGGUCGUGGCGCGGACAAGCCUGGUUCGAUGUGGCCGCCCGACUGCCAGGUCAUCGGCAAGGACAUCAUUCGGUUCCACACCAUCUACUGGCCCGCUUUCCUGAUGGCCCUGAAACUCCCCCUGACCGGGAAGUUUCUGUCCCACGCCCACUGGACGAUGAACAACGAAAAGAUGUCCAAAUCCUCCGGCAACGGGGUCAAUCCGUUUCUCGCCAUGGACAGGUACGGGGUCGACGCCAUAAGGUUCUACAUGGCGUACCACGGCGGGAUCGUCGAUGACGCCAUGUACGAGAAUUCUCGAGUUGCCGGGACGUACAAUCACAUCUUGAAGGACGGUUUUGGCAAUUUACUCCAGCGAGUAUUCAAGAGUAAGCAGUUCAACGUUCAAGAAUCCGUCAGGCUCGUCGCGGAAGACGCCAAGGGCUUUUCCGAUUUCUUUGCUGCCGAAGACCAGAGUCUCGAUGAUGGCGACAACGCAGGUGGUGGUGGUGGAGGAGGAGGAGGAGGAGGAGGAGGAGGAGGAGGAGACCUCCAGACGUUAGGCGAAAACAUCCGAACCCUCAACAGGCAGUUGGCGGUGGUACGGGAACGGACGGACAAGGCCAUGAGGGAACCCAACCCGAGGACGGCGGCUCACCACAUCGUCGAGCUGAUCAGAAACACCAACAAGUUCUUCCACAACGCGGCCCUCUGGGGCCGUGUGAACAGCACCGACCCCGACGAGCUCCGGCUGUGCCACUACGGCGUCUACGUGAGCGCCGAGUCGAUCCGGAUCACCGCGAUCCUCCUACAGCCGUUCAUGCCGGGGCGGAUGAAGGUGGCCCUCGACAUGAUGGAGGUGGAAGACUCCAAGAGGACGUUCGCGCACGCCCGGGUCGGCGCCGACCUGACCUUCGGAUGUCCACCCCCUGCACCUGCACCGCCAACUUCGCCCGACGACGACAAGAAGAAGGGGAAGAAGAAAGCAAGGUCGACGGUGCCGCAGUUGUUCCCCAUGCUGCUUUCCGACAAUUGAUUUUUUACCUACCCGGGGACAUGUUGAUCAUCCAGCCCAGCGCGCCCGUCAUACGUGCAACAUUACAAUGUAUUAUAUAUUCCGUACAUAUUUUUGAGAUGGCACUGAAUACCUG